CGGGGCCUGGGGAGGAGCGAGGGCGAGUCGCUGAGUCCCGGAGCCGAGCCCGGCGAGAUCCAACUGCUGGAGGACGCCCGCCCCACUCAGCCGCCUCCUGCACCCGAGCCAAGGAGCUCCCGCCGACCGCCUUGCUGGCCGGAGAGCGGGGGAGCACUGGUCCCCGCAGCCCCAGGGAUGGUCUAGGGGCCAGAGAGAGGCUCGCUGCUGUGAUCCCAACCCGAGCUCACCGCCUCCUGCUGAUCGCCCAAGGCUUCGAGCCGCAGCAGCCGGGGGCUGCGCGCCGGGGCGGCCCAGGCCAGAGAAGUUAGUUGUACGGCCGCUUAGUGCGCGGAGCGAGCAAAGAGGGAACGAGCGAGGGAGGCAGCGAGGCGCCGGGACCAUGGGCUGGAGGAGCCGCUGCUGCUGCCCGGGACGGCUGGACCUGCUGUGCGUGCUGGCGCUGCUCGGGGGCUGCCUGCUCCCUGUUUGCCGGACGCGCGUCUACACCAACCACUGGGCGGUCAAAAUCGCCGGCGGCUUUCCAGAAGCCAACCGCAUCGCCAGCAAGUACGGAUUCAUCAACAUUGGACAGAUUGGGGCCCUGAAAGACUACUACCACUUCUACCAUAGCAGGACGAUUAAAAGGUCAGUUCUCUCGAGCAGAGGAACGCACAGUUUCAUUUCAAUGGAACCAAAGGUGGAGUGGAUCCAACAGCAAGUGGUAAAAAAACGGACGAAGAGGGAUUAUGACCUCAGUCGUGCCCAGUCGACUUACUUCAAUGAUCCCAAGUGGCCAAGCAUGUGGUAUAUGCACUGCAGUGACAACACGCAUCCCUGCCAAUCAGACAUGAAUAUUGAAGGAGCCUGGAAGAGAGGUUACACGGGAAAGAACAUUGUGGUCACCAUCCUGGACGAUGGCAUUGAGAGAACACACCCAGAUCUGAUGCAGAACUAUGAUGCUCUAGCAAGUUGUGACGUGAAUGGGAAUGAUUUGGACCCAAUGCCUCGUUAUGAUGCAAGCAAUGAGAACAAGCAUGGGACGCGCUGUGCUGGAGAAGUGGCAGCGGCUGCAAACAACUCUCAUUGCACAGUUGGAAUUGCUUUCAACGCCAAGAUCGGAGGAGUGCGAAUGCUAGAUGGAGAUGUCACGGACAUGGUUGAAGCAAAAUCAGUUAGCUUCAAUCCCCAGCAUGUCCACAUUUACAGUGCAAGCUGGGGCCCGGAUGAUGACGGCAAGACGGUGGACGGACCAGCUCCACUCACCCGGCAAGCUUUUGAAAACGGCGUUAGAAUGGGGCGGAGAGGCCUCGGCUCCGUUUUUGUCUGGGCAUCAGGAAAUGGUGGCAGGAGCAAAGACCACUGCUCCUGUGAUGGCUACACCAACAGCAUCUACACCAUCUCCAUCAGCAGCACAGCUGAAAGUGGAAAGAAACCUUGGUACCUGGAAGAGUGUUCAUCCACACUGGCCACAACCUACAGCAGCGGAGAGUCCUAUGAUAAGAAAAUAAUCACUACGGAUCUGAGGCAGCGUUGCACAGACAACCACACUGGGACAUCAGCCUCAGCGCCCAUGGCUGCAGGCAUCAUUGCAUUGGCACUGGAAGCCAAUCCGUUUCUGACCUGGAGAGACGUGCAGCAUGUUAUUGUCAGGACUUCCCGUGCAGGACAUUUGAACGCUAAUGACUGGAAAACCAAUGCUGCUGGUUUUAAGGUGAGCCAUCUCUAUGGAUUUGGACUGAUGGAUGCAGAGGCCAUGGUGAUGGAGGCAGAGAAGUGGACCACCGUCCCCCAGCAGCACGUGUGUGUGGAGAGCACGGACCGACAAAUCAAGACAAUUCGCCCCAACAGCGCCGUACGCUCCAUCUACAAAGCUUCGGGCUGCUCAGAUAACCCCAACCACCAUGUCAACUACCUGGAACAUGUAGUGGUACGCAUAACCAUCACCCACCCCAGGAGGGGAGACCUGGCCAUCUACCUGACCUCACCCUCAGGAACCAGGUCCCAGCUUCUCGCCAACAGACUAUUUGAUCAUUCCAUGGAAGGAUUUAAAAAUUGGGAGUUCAUGACCAUCCACUGUUGGGGAGAAAGAGCUGCAGGUGACUGGAUCCUGGAGGUUUAUGAUACUCCCUCUCAGUUGAGGAACUUCAAGACUCCAGGUAAAUUGAAAGAAUGGUCUUUGGUCCUCUAUGGCACCUCCGUGCAGCCAUAUUCACCAACCAACGAGUUUCCCAAAGUGGAGCGUGUCCGCUAUAGCCGAGUAGAGGACCCUACAGAUGACUAUGGGACAGAAGAUUACGCAGGCUCAUGUGACCCUGAGUGCAGUGAGGUUGGCUGUGACGGGCCGGGGCCGGACCACUGCAAUGACUGUUUGCAUUACUACUACAAGCUGAAAAACAACACCAGGAUCUGUGUCUCUAGCUGCCCGCCUGGCCACUACCAUGCUGACAAGAAACGAUGCAGGAAGUGUGCCCCCAACUGCGAGUCCUGCUUUGGGAGCCACAGCGACCAGUGCUUGUCCUGCAAAUAUGGCUACUUCCUGAAUGAAGACAUCAACAGCUGUGUUACUCACUGCCCGGAGGGGUUUUAUCAGGACACCAAGAAAAAUCUUUGCCGGAAAUGCAGCGAAAACUGCAAGACAUGUACUGAGUCCCUGAACUGUACAGAAUGUAGGGAUGGGUUAAGCUUGCAGGGAUCCCGGUGUUCUGUCACCUGUGAGGACGGAUGGUACUUCGAUGGCCAGGACUGUCAACCCUGCCACCGCUUCUGUGCCACCUGCGCUGGGGCAGGAGCUGAUGGGUGCAUUAACUGCACUGAGGGCUACUUCAUGGAGGACGGGAGAUGUGUGCAGAGCUGCAGUAUCAGCUACUACUUUGACUACCCUUCAGAGAAUGGAUACAAAUCCUGCAAAAAAUGUGAUGCCAGCUGCUUGACCUGCAAUGGUCCAGGGUUCAAGAAUUGUACAAGCUGCCCUAGUGGGUACCUCUUAGACUUGGGAAUGUGUCAAAUGGGAGCAAUCUGCAAGGAUGGAGAGUACAUCGACGAGCAUGGCCGCUGCCAGAUCUGUGAAGCCUCGUGUGCCAAGUGCUGGGGGCCAACCCAGGAAGACUGCACUGGCUGCCCCGUCACAAGGAUUUUUGACAAUGGCCGCUGCGUUUUGAACUGUCCUUCACGGAAAUUUGAAUUUAAGAACCAAUGCCAUCCAUGUCAUCACACCUGCCAAGAAUGUCAAGGAAGUGAGCCUUCGAACUGCACCUCAUGUGGAAUAGAUAAGCUUGGCCGACAGCGAGUCCUGUUCCGGGGGGAGUGCCGAGAGCGCUGCCCUGCAGGCCACUACCCUGCGCCACAGCACACCUGUCUGCCCUGCCCAGACCACUGCGCCCUUUGCGAGGGCCCGCACUUCUGCAAGCGAUGCACCAAUGGCUACUUCCUAGUACCCACCAACCACACCUGCCGGAAGUUAGAGUGCGCACAAGGUGAAGUCGAAGAUCCAGACUAUGAAGAAUGCGUGCCUUGUGAAGAAGGAUGUCUGGGGUGCAGCUUGGAUGAUCCAGGAACCUGCACAUCAUGCGCUAUGGGGUAUUACAUGUUUAAACACCAUUGUUACAGAACCUGCCCUGAAAAAACCUACAAUGAAGAAUUUGAAUGCAAAGAGUGCAAUCCCAAUUGUGGCAACUGUGACCAAAACGAGUGCUACUGGUGUGAAGAGGGCUUCUUCCUCUUGGGCGGCCAUUGUGUGAAGAAAUGUGGCCCUGGCUUCUAUGGCGAUCCAGAAGUGGGAGAAUGUGAGCCCUGCCACCGAGCCUGCAAAACCUGCAUGGGCCUUGGCUAUGGAGAAUGCAGCAGUUGCCAAGAAGGACUGCAGCUUCUGCAUGGGAAAUGUGUCAGUCCUGCCCAGACCAAAGUGGAAGGCAAAUUCUGGAAUGAACCUGUGCCCACUGCAAGCCCAUCUUUGGUGAAGAACCUGCUGCAGGAACGACGAAGGUGGAAAGUUCAAAUCAAAAGAGACAUCUUGAGACAACACCAGGCUUGUCAUUCUUCUUGUAAAACCUGUAAUGGAUCUGCAACUCUGUGUACUUCGUGUCCAAAAGGUGCGUACCUGUUGGCUCAGGCCUGUGUCUCCUCCUGCCCCCAAGGCACAUGGCCCUCAGCAAGGAGUGGCAGCUGUGAGAACUGUACGGAAGACUGUGCCUCUUGCUCAGAAGCCAAUCUUUGCAAAGAGUGCCGGACUCAGCCUGACCACCCUCUCUUUCUCCAUAAUGGCAGGUGCUACUCCAAGUGCCCCGAGGGCUUUUAUGCAGAAGCGGGUCUAUGUGAACGCUGCAGCUCACCUUGCAGGACUUGUGAAGGAAACGCCACCCACUGCUUCUCCUGUGAGGGAGGUUUCGUGCUGGAGCAGGGCCUGUGCCGUGAAGCCUGCUCUGAAAGACACGUGGCUGUGGAGGGCGUGUGCAGGCGGUGCCCAGAGAUGUGCCAGGACUGCAUCCACGAGGAGACAUGCAAAGAGUGCAUGCCCGAUUUCUUCCUGUACAAUGAUGUGUGCCACCAGUCCUGUCCCCAAGGCUUCUAUGAGGACUCCCGCCAGUGUGUCCCCUGCCAUGAAGACUGCCUGGAGUGCAGUGGCCCCGAUGAGGAUGACUGUGACCUCUGUGCUGACACAUCCUUGGUCCUCUACGAUGGGCAGUGUUUGGACGAGUGUCCAACAGGAACUUACUUUGAAAGAGAAAGUAAUGAUUGCAAAGAUUGCCACAAGAGCUGCAAGGCCUGCACAUUCCCGGGGACCUGCACAACCUGCCAAGAAGGCCUGUGGAAGAACAGCCAUGGGCACUGUGUGGCUUACAAGGAGUGCACCCAAGCGGAGUACUGGGAUGAGGAGGCUCACGAGUGCAAGCCCUGUCACAUCAAGUGUCUCCAGUGCAUGGGGCCCACCAAGGACCAGUGCCGUGCCUGCCCAAGGGAAAGCCUUCUUCUAAACACGACCUGCGUGGAGGACUGCCCCGAGGGCUACUACGCCGAUGAGGAGAGCCACCGGUGUGCUCCCUGCCACAGCUCUUGCAGGACAUGUGAAGGGAGACACAGCAUGCAGUGCCAGUCCUGCUGGCCCGGCUGGUUCCAGCUGGGGAAGGAGUGCCUGCCCCAGUGCAGGGAAGGGUACUACGCAGAAAAUUCCACGGGCCAGUGUGAGAGAUGCAACAAGAGUUGCAAGGCAUGCCGGGGCCCACGGCCUGUAGACUGCCUGUCCUGCGAUACCUUCUUCUUUCUGCUCCGCUCCAAAGGAGAGUGUUACCGCACCUGUCCAGAGCAUUACUAUGCAGACCAGAGCACACAGACCUGUGAGAGAUGCCAUCCAACGUGCGAUAAAUGCAGAGGAAAAGGAGCAUUGAAUUGCUUGUCCUGUGUGUGGAGUUACCACCUCACGGGAGGAAUCUGCACUUCGGAUUGUUUUACGGGGAAAUACAGAGUGGGAGAGGGAGAAAAAUUUAACUGUGAAAACUGCCACGAGAGUUGUGUGGAAUGCAAGGGACCUGGAGCCAAGAACUGCACCGUGUGCCCUGCCAACCUAUUGCUGCACAUGGAUGACAACCUCUGCCUCCCCUGCUGUAAUGCCUCUGAUCCCACCGACACCCAAGAGUGCUGUGACUGUCAGGACACCAUCGAAGAGUGCAUCCUUCAAACAAGUGAGAUCGAGCCUGCAGCUGAGCGCUCCAGGAGAGCUCUGCUCAUCAUCUCCUCCAUCAUGCUGGUGCUGCUGCCUGGGGCAGCCGUGAUUGUCUGGAGAAAAUCACGGAGCCGAGCCCAACCAGCAAAAAAGGCUGGGUAUGAAAAGCUGGCUGACCUGAACAAGGCUUACUCUUCCUACGAGAGCGGCCAUCGUGAAAGCACCAGUUUUGAAGAGGAUCAGGUGAUUGAAUACAGGGACCGGGACUACGAUGAAGAUGAUGAGGAUGACAUUGUCUACAUGGGCCAAGAUGGCACCGUCUACAGGAAAUUUAAGUACGGGCUGCUGAAUGACGAUGAUGAAGAUGAGCUGGAAUACGACGAUGAGAGCUAUUCCUUUAAGUAAACAGGGGCCACCCCACCCCAUUCCAUGCACGGGCCUGUGUGUGAGCAUUACUGUGUUUGCUUUUGUUCACACACACAAAGGCCAUGUGCAAGUGUUCAUAUUUGUGUUCCUGAUCAUGAGUCCAAACAGAGUAUGUUAGAAAGCUAAAAUAUUUUCUUCUUCUUUUGGGUGGCUAAAAUCAAUGAACAG